GUUUGAUCCUUCCAUACUUACACACACCACACACUUCCAAUCAUAUAAACAUUAUUUACCAUUUAUACAUUAUUACUGUUGUUAUUAUUAUUAUUAUAAUUACCAUGCUCAAGUUAAAUUAGGAAAUCAGUAGGAAUGUCAUCAUUAGAUGAUGACCGGAAACAGCGAUUUCGUUUCCAUAAACAGGACGAGAUCUUGCUACUCCAAAUUGUUCUUCGAGCUAAACCCUGCCCUUACAAGAUCUCUUCUCGUGAUGGAGCCAUUUUAGUCGCCUGGAAUCACAUUGCAGAAGAGUUUGAACGAGAAUCAGUCCCUCGACCUGAUGGCAAACUACCCCAUCCUCGGACAUGUCGAACUCGUUGUGACAAGAUGAUUAUGGAUUUCAUGGCCAUGCGUGCCACUCCUCAUUUAAGAGGCAAGAAACAGGAAUCAGAAGAGGACCGGUUAAAAAAUGAGCUAUUAGAGAAGUUGGCGAGUAUACAAGGAAAAGUCAUGGACUCUGAAAUAACUCCAUCAGCUUCCUCCUCUACUACCGCUACCACUACUGCUAUUACUGGUACCGUUGCUGGGGAUGUUGAUAUCACAUCUGGGCCAUCCUCUACUGCGGCAUCUGCUGGUGGAUUGAAUACUACUGGAGCUGGGGCUGGACCUGGGCCUGGGCCUGGAACCAUUAUACCUGGACAUAUACUUGGUUCGUCAGCACCAAGCACAGCAACCGCAACUCAUCAACAACGUGCUUCAGUAGCGUCUACAACAUCAUUGAUGCCUCAGUCCUUGAACAGCCUUGGAAAUAACAGUCAUCAUCGUGUUGGACAUGGUCAAUCUACAUCAGAACUUCUUGCCGCCUCAGGCCUCAUGCUCUCGUCAGCAGUGCCUGGUAGCAGUAAUAGCCUCAGUAAUAACAACGAUGGUAAUAAUAGCAAUAAUCCUAGCAACAAUAACAACAACAGCAGCAGCAGUGGCAAUAACAACAACAAUACCUCAGAUAUACACUCACGAGUAGAUCGAUCUAACAAUAAUUUAUCAUUAAUAUCGUCGUCAGUCAACCCAGCCAAUUCUUCGGCUCCUACUUCACGUAAACGAGCUGCAGGUAGUAAUGCACCAGGCGUAGCUGCAGCAUUGACAACAACAACAUCAACAACAACAACAACAGCUCCCAAUUCUUCUCUCGAUUAUCUACAAAGAAUGGCGCCGCCAGCAUCAUCUUCGUCAUCUUCAGCCACAGUGGGAGGUAUAACUGCCCGAGGUAAUCAACAAUCUCAUUCUGGUAUAUUACCCGCCGGUACUUCAAAACGCCUGCGCUCAACGCCCAAUGAAAGACGUGUGGGAACAACAGCUGUCGCUACUGGGAAUAAUAGCCAGCAUCGCACCACUAAUAAUUAUACACGUUCGGCUUUGGGAACCAUGAGUAAUGGACUUGGAUCUAGUUUGUUAGGGACAGCAGGGCAGAGUUUAGUAGACUUGACCGGGAUCAGUAGUUCUACUGCUGCCGCUGCUGCUUUUGCACAAGAGCUUGAGGAUGAUAACAACGAAUGGGAUGACGAUAGUGGGGCCGGUCAGCACAAUGUGAGUGGGGAGGGUCUUGGAAAUGAGUAUGAUAAUAGUUUCGGGGACGGGCAUGACUUGGGAGAUGAAGUAGACGAAGAAGAAGAUUCACUUGAUCCGUCCAGCUUGAUGUCUUCAUCUUUAUCUCACAAUGUGGCUGUCCGUACUGGUAGAAGAGGUCCUGGAAUUGGAGGCAUGGGAGGCAUAGGAGGAGUCGGAGGAGUCGGACCGUCUACAUCAUGGGCGGCGCGGUCUAAAGUACGGCCCUUUAGAUUCAAGCGAACACCUUCAACCCAAAGUCUUCAGCGGCAUCCAAGUGGCAGUCUUGGGAAAUUUGAGCUGUCAUUGGUAGGAGAGCAUGGAGGGUAUCUACUACCAAGUCAGAUGACAGAAGAAGACCGUGAGUUUACAAUGCGCAUGAUUGCAUUAGAAGAAUGUAAAGUCAAGAUCCAACUUAGUAAGCUGGAGUUAACACGACGAUGGUUGGAGCUUGAAAGCAAACAGCUAGAACAUGAUCUGGCCAAUGCACAAGAGAAAUGAUCGUUCAAUAAACAAGAACCUGUGUGAUGCUCUGGUG